AUGCCCUGCCUGCUGCCCUUCUGGCAACCCUGGCCGCCUGAGCCGGCUCCCGCCUGCCCCGCUGCCCACCCACCCAGCCCCAUGACACAGACUUGGGGCCUCCUGGCGGCCCUGCUGGGCCUGGGGCUGGGCCUGAACCUGCAGGGGCCCGGGGCCACGGACUGUGGAUCCCUCAGCCCAGCGGAGCACCUGGUUUUCACCCCAGCGGCCAGAGCCCGGUGGCUGGCCCCUCGUGUCCGUCCUCGGGGGCCCUUGGACCCCCUUUAUGGCACCGUGCGCCGCUUCCUUUCCAUGGUGCAGCUCAACCCCUUCCCUGCCGAGCUGGUAAAGGCCCUGCUGAAUGAGCCAGCCUCCGUGAAGGUGAAUGAGGUGGUGCGGUAUGAGGCUGGCUACGUGGUGUGUGCGGCAAUCGCAGCCCUCUACCUCCUGGUGGUGCCCACUGCCGGGCUCUGUUUCUGCUGUUGCCGGUGCCGCUGCCGCCGGCGCUGUGGGGGUCGUGUGAAGAUGGAGCACAAGGCUGUGGCCUGGGAGCGAGGCACCCUCAUGGCCUGCCUGCUGCUGACUACCCUCGUACUGCUGAUUGGCCUGGUCUACGCCUUUGUCACCAACCAGCGAGUCCAUGAGGAGAUGCAGUCUGGUGUUGAGGCCGUGCCCGAGACUCUGCUCAGCCUCCGGGGCCUGGUCUCUGAUGUCCCCCAGGAGCUGCAAUCAGUGGCCCAGCAGUUCUCCCUUCCCCAGGAGCGAGUCUUGCAGGAGCUGGAUGGUGUUGGCGUGAGCAUCGGGCAGGCCAUCCACACCCAGCUCAGGAGCACCGUGUACCCUGCACUGACCUCUGUGCUCAGCCUGGGCCAGGCCCUGCAGGUCUCUGUGGACCACCUCCGGGUCCUGAACGCCACCUCAGUGGAGCUAUGGAAGGGGCAGGAAGAACUGGAGCCAGUCCUCGUGGAGAGCCGGGAGCGCCUCUUGGCCGUGCUGCAGCAGCCCAGCUGCCAGGGUUGCUCAGGGGCCGUGAGCCAGGCCCGCGCCCUGGAGCUGGGCGCUGACUUCAGACAGAUGCCCCCCGUGGACAAUGUCCUGCAGCGGCUGAAGGGUGUCCCAGAGGCCAACUUCUCCAGCAUGGUCCAAGAGGAGAACAGCACCUUCAACAUCCUUCCGUUCCUGGCUGCCCAGCAGACUGCUGAUGUGGUCAGAGAGCUGAAGAAGACAGUGGCACAGGAACCCGAGGGGCUGAGGACACUGGCCAAAGAGUUCCCAGGCUCAGAGGCUGCCUCCCGCUGGACUCAGGCCCUGGAGGACAUGGAGCAGGACAGCCGUUCCUACGUGCAGGAGGUGCAGAGAUACGAGAGAUACAGGUGGAUUGUGGGCUGCGUGCUGUGCUCCGUGGUCCUGCUUGUGGUGGCCUGUAACCUUCUGGGGCUUGGCCUGGGCAUCUGGGGGCUGUCAGCCAGGGAGGACCUUAGCUACUUGGAGGCCAAGGGCAAGACUGGAGCCCGCUUCCUCAUGACGGGCAUGGGCUUCAGCUUCCUCUUUGCUGCGCCUCUCAUCCUCCUGGUCUUUGCCACCUUUCUGGUGGGUGGCAAUGUGCAGACACUGGUAUGCAGGAGCUGGGAGAGCAGGGAGCUGUAUGAGUUUGUGGACACCCCGGGGAACUUGCCCCCAUCACUGAACCUGUCUUACCUUCUUGGCCUCAAGAAGGACAUCAGCAUCCUCAUGGCCUAUGAGCAGUGCAAGGAAGGGGCCGCGCUCUGGAGUGUCCUGCAGCUCAACAAUUCCUAUGACCUGGAGAAGCACCUGGACAUCAGCCAGUAUACUGCCCAGCUGCAGCAGGAAUUGCAGAGCCUUGGGGUGGACGUGCAUGACCUGGACCUGCUGAGCCCUGCUGCCCGCCGGGACCUGGACGCCCUGCAGAGCAGUGGGCUGGAGAAGAUCCACUAUCCUGGCUUUUUCGCUCAGAUCCAGGAGCCUGUGGUGAAAACCAGUGUAGAGAAGCUGGCUCAGGAGCUGGAAGGACUGGCCCAGGCCCAAGGCAACGCUUCAAUGGGGCGGCAGCUGCAGGAGGAGCUCCAAGCGCUCAGAAGACUCUAUCAGGACAGGGUCCAGCCCCAGCAGACCCUUGUGGCGAAGCUCAACGGCAGUGUCAGGGUCCUGGCAUCCUCUGCUCCAAAUCUCCAGCUGGAGACUAAAGGCAUCCUGGACCAGGCCACUUACCUGAAAGGGGAGCUACCUGCCUGGGCCACCCGUAUCCUGAGGAAUGAAAGUGAGUGCUACCUGACCCGGGAGAUGGGCUACUUCUCCCAGUAUGUGGCCUGGGUGAGAGAAGAGGUGACUCAGCACAUCGCCACCUGCCAGCCCCUCUCCGGAGCCCUGGACAAUGGCCGUGUGAUCCUAUGUGACAUGAUGGCUGACCCCUGGAAUGCCUUCUGGUUCUGCCUGGCAUGGUGCACCUUCUUCUUGAUCCCAAGCAUCGUCUUUGCUGUCAAGACCUCCAAAUACUUUCUCCCCAUCCGGAAACGUCUCAGCUCCACCAGCUCGGAGGAGACACAGCUCUUCCACAUCCCCCGAGUCACCUCCCUGACGCUGUAGCAGCCCAGUGGGUGAGUUCCAUCUCCCCUUUGCUCCUCAGUCCCAGGGAGGGAAGGGACCAGGCUGGAAUCAGGAGCCUUUGGGCUCCAGGAGAGCAGGAAGGUGUGAGAACUUGGCAGAGCCUAAGUGUUGGGCCUGGCUCAACAAGCUGGUUGGCUGCUGGACUGACAGGUCUGAGCCCUGCUCUCCCACUUCCUCCCCCAUCUGUUUCCUUCUCAAUCUGCAGCAGGUGUGUUUGCUGAUUGCAAGGCGAUGUCCCUGGGGCUACCUGUCUGGGUCAAGAGCUCUUCCCCCUUUGACUCAGCCUGGGGAUUUCUGCAGCCCCCAGAGCUGGAUGGGCACUCAGGCCUGGACUGUCCUUCCACCCUAGUUUAUCACCACUCUCUCCUCUCCCUGUGCGCCACCCCCCAACUCCUCUCCAAGCCCUUUGCCUCUUGUCUUCAUCUGGCCUCCCCACCUGCCCCAACUUCACACCUGGCCCCUCCCCAGUCCUUGCUUCCUCCCCCCAGGAGCCUCUUUUUCCUCCUUUGUCCCCUCUUUACCUUAUCGCCAUCACUGCCUGACCCAAACCAUGGUGUUUUGAACCACCUCAUAUGCCUGUGAGAGCUGGACCGUGAAUAAGGAAGACGGAAGGAGAAUUGCGACAUUUGAAUUGUGGCAUUGGUGAAGAAUAUUGAAUAUACCAUGGACUUCCAGAAGAACAAAUCUGUCUUGGAAGAAGUACGGCCAGAAGGCUCCUUAGAAGCAAGGAUGGUGAGACUUUGUCUCAUCAUGUACUUUGGCCAUGUUAUCAGAAGGGACCAGUCCCUGGAGAAGGACAUCAUGCUUGGUAAAUUAGAUGGUCAGUGAAAAAGAGGAAGACUCUCGAUGACACGGUGGCUGCAACAAUGGGCUCAAACAUAGCAACAAUUGUGAGGAUGGCACAGGACUGGGCAGUGUUUUGUUCUGUCGUACAUAGGGUUGCUAUGAGUUGGAACCUACUCGAUGACACCUAACAACAACAACCUUGCUGGCUUCCAGAGACCCCUCCAACCCAAACAAACAAGCAGGCAAGAGGCUGAUACAGCCCAGGCAUGGACUUGGUAAGGAAGUGUCCUGCUCACUCCAAGGACUGGCUGCAGGCUCUGCCUCACAGCCCCUGACCCUGCAUUGCCCUGGGGCCUUGGCCCCCCAGCUGGAGUAAAGGAGGCCUGCCUGUGAAGACCCAGCCUCCGUGCCUUCCCGCUGGGUUAGAAAUAGCACUACUGUCCCUCAGCCCCUUCCUAGGAAGGGAACUGGGACCUGGGGGCUGGGCAGGAACUCCUCUUUGGCUUCCUGGGACCUAGCAUCUUCCACAGCCCCCACCCAGAUUUCCAGGGAGGGACCUGGGGGCCAGAACAGGACAUUGCAGUAUGGCCCUUACCCUGUCUAUCCUGUGCAUGUGGCCUGGGUCAUCCCUAUUCCAUCCCUGUGUGCUGGACCCGGAGUUAUGGAAACAAGGAAGAGGAAGAGCAAAGAGAAGAUGGAUGGGUCGUCAGAUCCGUUAAAGUCUUGCCACUUUCUUAAGGCUUGGUCUUGGGUCCUUGAAAACAGAUCUCCCAGGCUGGGGCCCUGUACACAGUUGGCACGUAAUGAAUAUUUGUAGAGAAGAGAAUCCAAAGACCUCCCCUGACUAGAGGCAUCCAGUGAUUGUCCGAGAAAUCAGCAGAAGGGGAGUAGGGCCCACUCUGGGAGCAGGUAGUCAGGAGCAGGCAGACCUGGGUUCACAUCCUGGCUCUGACGGUUUGCUGCCUUGAACACACUGCUUAUGUCCCCUAAACCUCAGUUUCUCCAUUUGUAAAAUAGCGAGAAUAAUCAUAGCCUCCCCAAAGGGUUGUGAAAAUUAAAUGUGAUAAUGCAUGGAAAACACUUGGCAGCGGCCUGGCCCAGCACAAAUGCUCAGUAGGUGGGGGCCAAGACAGCUGUAGGCCGGGGCCAGAGCCGGGGUCUGGGCAGGUACAACAGAAGGAGGAGACAGAUCUCUGUUCUCAGAGGUGGAAGGGGCUUUAUGGUUGUGGUCUGCUGAGUUUCAGGGCAUGUCUGUUUUUAAUCACAUCUUACAAACCAGAGACAAACUUGCUGCUGAAAUUAGGACAGAGCACACACAAUGUAUGGUCACGACUGCAAGCAGAGUCACCAACAAGCAUCCUUGAAUAUAGCACGAUCCCCUCUUAGAGGUUUUUUAUUUGAUACUCAUCUGUUCAGGGGAAGUAGCGCCCUGCAUUUUAAGAAUGCAAUUGAUGUGAUAGAAGAAAUUGAAAUUAAGCAAUUUAAAAAAUUUUCAGUUCUUUAUCAAAAUUGCCUAUCUUAUCUUUUAUGUAUUUGAGCAUAUUAAGCAUAA